UCUUGCAUGCUUGUUUCGCUGCCCACCUCUCUCCCCCUCUAUAGUGCCAGCUUGUUUACUUGCAGAUCCAGGCUCUCCUGCCCCUCUGUCUCUCUCUCUCUCUCUCUAGCUCAACAAGUGCAGUGCUCUGUUCUGCCUCUCUCCUAUAGCAAGAUCCAUCUCUCUGCUGCUUCAUUUCUCCCUCAAGAAUUGAGCACACAUGAAGAGGCCCACCAGCAGAGGAUCCUCAAUGGUCAGCCAAGCAACCACAGAUCAACAAGACAGCUGCAGGUACAUGGAGCGGCACGGAGUGGACGGCGAUGGCGGCGCCGCCGCUGCUGAGCGCGACGACAUGGAGGCCGGGGCGUACGACGAGGAGGACGACGAUGACGAGCAAGCAGGGUCCCGCGGCGGCCUCGGGGAGAAGAAGAGGCGCCUGGCGGCGGAUCAGGUGCGAGCGCUGGAGCGGAGCUUCGAGGUGGACAACAAGCUGGACCCGGAGCGCAAGGCCCGGAUCGCGCACGACCUCAGCCUCCACCCGCGCCAGGUCGCCGUCUGGUUCCAGAACCGCCGCGCGCGCUGGAAGACCAAGCAGAUCGAGCGCGACUUCGCCGCGCUCCGCGCACGCCACGACGCGCUCCGGGCCGAAUGCGACGCGCUCCGCCGCGACAAGGACACCCUCGCCGCCGAGAUAAGGGAGCUGAGGGAGAAGGUGGAGAGGCAGAUGGAUGUGAAGCUGGAGUCCGCGGAGGAGAUGCUGCCGGUCGCGGCGGGGACAGCCGCCGCCGCCGCCGCCGCCGCUGUGUACAAGGACGGGUCUACGGACAGCGACUCGAGCGCCGUGUUCAACGAGGAGGCGUCGCCGUACUCCGGCGCGGCCUUCGACCACCAGCACCAACACCAAUUCCACCCAAGCUUCACGAGUUUCACCUCGUUCCUGGCCUCAUCAAGCUCCCUGAGCUCCUCUUUUCCUUCUUCCUUGUACCAUGGGGUUUCGCAUUUGGACCAGGAAGCGGACGGCUUCCUCAGCGCUACCGCCGCCGACGGUUUCUUCGCGGAGGAGCAGGGCGCCGGCCUCGGCAGCUGGUACGGCAGUGAGGGUUGGUAGAGGUGAGCUGUUGGCUGGCUGGAGAAUUGGUGAACACAAUUCCUGUAAAAAUAUGGCGCUGUACAUGCAUGCAUGGGGGGUAAUUAGGUGGGGUCAAUUUCUAUAGUUUUUACCGGCUGGGGAAUAGGCCACGGAAGGAGGAGAUAGGUUAUGCUGGUCUUGGUUGACAGUUACCCCGCUCUCCUGGGUUAAUUCUUUAG